AUAGUUUGUUUUUCACAUAGAUUGAUUUUGAACAGUUAAGUAACCAUUGCACUAACUUAGGUUCUUCCUACUGAAGAACAAACUGCAGUUCUUUGGUGUGUAACAAAAUUAAAGAUUUUAGACUUUACUUGGCAACCAGAGAAUAGAUCUUUUUUUUCGUGAAAAAAGGAUGAUGUGGAAGGCAUUCGUUUGGUGCUGGAAAGUCAUCAAACAAUAUUUAAGCAACUGCAACAUCCACGGUGUUAGAUAUCUUGUGGAUGAUCAGAUUUCCUACCCGGAAAGACUCUUUUGGCUAAUCUCCUGCAUUCUGUGCUGGUAUGGAUGUGUAAAAAUGAUCACCGACGUUGUGAUGAACUACAUCGAAUACCCUGUCGCAGUAACCGUAGAAAGCAUGUACACUGAUUGGGAAACACCAUUCCCUGCGAUUGUUUUCUGCAUUUCCACUACGAAAACAUUGAAGAAUAAAUACUUUAAACGCAGCCCCCAGUUCGGAAAUUCUAAUUCAGAUCUACUUCAGACAACGUCAGAAGAAUUGCUGUCCCUAUACGACGAGAUGAGAUACAAGUGCCCGGAUUUGUUGGCCGAAUGCACGUGGAACGGCAAGAAGUUCAACUGCUGCUCGGAGUUCCAGGAAUUGCGGAAAACAGGCGUCGGUUAUUGCCUUGCUAUGAACACGUAUCAUCUGGGCAACGAGAAAGUCCGAUACUUCGUCAAUCGGACCGUGAAUUACGGCGACCUCAUCAUCGAUGUUCAUCUAGGCUCGAAACCGAAGGACUUCGUCUUGUCUGCAUUAACUGUGCACGUGCUCAACAAUCUAAAGCUGCCGACGUUGAGCAACGCGGAGAAGGGGAUACAAAUGGCGAUGGGUAAAAUGAAGCGCAUCGAAUUCUCGAUUUACGACACGUUCAACACGCCGGGCGUGGAGAAUGUCGCGAUCAAGCACAGACAUUGCCGAUUCCGACACGAGAAGCUAGAGAACAGCAUAUUUGAUAUUUACAGCAGCGACACGUGUUAUCUCCAAAUGAUUACAGAGCGGAUGGUCAAAUUUUGCGGUUGCGUGAGCUUCUACUACUUCGCACCGAAGGGUACACGCGUGUGCAACUGGACCGAAAUGCUCUGCAUAAACGGCAACAUGACGGAGAUUUCGUCCGCCGAGCUGUGGGACCAGAUGUGUCUACCGUCCUGCGAGGGCACAGUGCUGACUACAAAUCGAUGGGAUGCUCACGAAUACGACGCACCAAGGCGGUCAUACUCGAGAUUCCAUUUUACAUUGCUGUCCCAUCCGUACUUACGGCACCGACGAUACGUUGUGAACGAACUGUUGGAUGUUGUAGUUUCAGUUGGUAGCGCGGUGGGUCUCUUCAUGGGCGCUAGUAUUUUGAGCAUCUUCGAAAUACCGUACUGGUUAUUCAUCCGCCGCGAUAAGAUAAGGUAAACGAUUUCCGGUAGCGGAGGUGUACGGUAAAGUAUUUGCAGCACCGUCUCGUUUCGUUAACCAAAAAAAAAGAAAAAAAAAUAAAGAAAGUAAAACAAAGUAAAA